AUGCGCACGCGGCCCGUGCUGCUCAUGCCGGGCUUCGCGUCCUCGCAGCUGCAGUCCUGGAGCCACCACCGCUGCGAGACGGGCUUCCGCAACAACCUGUUCCGGGACAUCAAGUUCGGCGACCGGCUGUGGAUCGACGUGGCGCGCGUCCUGGCGCAGAGCGACUGCUGGCUCCAGUGCAUGAAGCUCGACAUCACGACCCAGGAGGAGCUCGCGUGCAAGCUGCGAGCUGCUCAGGGACUGGCAGCAGUGUCCGAGCUGGAUCCGGGCAUUGUGACGGGUCCGUUGUCGACUGUGUGGAGAGAUAUUAUCAAUGACCUGGUGCAGCACUUCGAGCUCGACCCGGAUCAGCUGAUCGUUGCUACGUACGACUGGAGAAUGCCGCCGAGCAAGAUGCAGGAGCGCGACAAGUACUUCUUCUCGCUCAAGAAGAAGAUCGAGUACACGGUUGAACUCGAUGGCAAUGUCGGUGGGCUGGUGGUGAUCGCGCACUCGAUGGGGAACGGAGUGUUCAGGUAUUUCCUCGAGUGGCUGAAGGAGGAGGUGGGGCGCAACAAUUGGCAAAAGUGGAUCGACCAACACAUCUCGGCCUACUUCGCUGUGGGCUCGCCGCUGCUCGGAAGUGCGGAAUCUCUUGAGCUGAUCUCGUCGGGACUGACGGAGGGAUUGCCCGUCACGCAGAGCGAGAUGCGCAAGCUCGUUGUUUCAUUCGGCUCCAUCUUGAGCUUCAUGCCGAUUCCCUCCGGUUUGAACUCGGCGAAGGACGAUGAAGUGCUUAUCAGGGUGCGGUCGCAGCAGGGACUGAUCCCUGGCGACGAUAAUGUACUGCACCGCAACUACACCAGCGCCGAUAUUGCAUCAGGACAGCUCUUCCGCGAUAUGUCGGCCCAUGACCCGAUCUUCGCCAAACUAGAGACACUCCGCCAGAAAUUCUACGUGAACGACCACGUAUUGGACUUCUUCAAGCCCUGGGAGCGUCCUCCGAUCGCUUCGGUCUACAGUGUCUACGGCGUCAACGUUCCGACUAAAAACUUUUACGAGUACGAGAAUGGAGAUACGCCUGGACAUUGGUUCCAGUUGCAGUACCUGGACGAGGAAGGGCAGGAGCCCACCUGCAGCAAGACGGGCGAUGGCACAGUCCCUUACCAUUCUCUCUCGUGGGCUCACACGUGGCUGGGCACUAAAGGCUCCUCAGUGCGAGUCACCCAGACACCGCAGUCCGUUUACUUUUCUGCAGAAAAUAUCACGCGCGUCCGGGCUGUUCGCCAUGGGAGCAACCAUCAUGCUGAGUACUCGCUGCUGAAUGGGAAGCAGCCAAUCUGCGAGGCGAAAACCGAUUCAUCGUCGUAUGGUGCUAGCGGGACUGCGAGCUUCUUCGCCGGGCUCUUUGGACCGCUUAACCGCGAUAGGAUCACGUUUUUCGAAAGCUCCAAGGAAGUCGACGGCAUCUCUCAAUCGACUGGAGUGUGGGAAAUCGAUGGCGUCGGUCAUCGCGAUAUUCUCUCCAACCCGGCAUUUCUGCGCGAACUGCGCGCCGAGCUGCGUCAUAUCUUCAACGGCAAAACGAACUCGGACAAGUCAUCUCGCCCGCCGGUCAUCGACAGCGACUGCUACUGGAACUAUCGCUACGCUCGCUGCGAGUUUCCCGAGUUCUGCGAAUACCGCUACGUCUUCGGUGAUGUGACCUUCGAUCAGUCCUGCCGUAUUCGACGCAAGGGCGAUCUUCCUGCCACACCAGCACACACGACGCCGUUCCUGGGUGUUUCGGCGUCAAGUCCAAACCUGGAGCCAGCCGAGUUUUCCUUUACUGGGCCGUACUGCUCCGCUCCCUGCUUGCCGAUUUCGUCGUCCUCGUCCGACAUCACGAUGUCUUCGUCGUCCAAUUUCAGCGGCCUUGGCUCUCUUCAACAAGAGCCGCUGCAGCCAUGA